CUUCUACGCUCGUAACUGAUAAUCCGUAUUCGUGUAAACACCUGAAGAACCGAAUCUAAAGACGAAAAUAUGGAAUAUACCUUACCUGCUCUUCUUCUUAUUCAAUCAUGUGUCAUCCAAGGACUGUUCUUUGACACUAUGAUGUCGGAUUGUUACGGUAUCCCAUUUAUGUGUAAUCUUCAGAAAAAGGGAGAUAACUACAACCAAGAUAACACCAGCCCAUUUAUGGCUGCAAGUUUAACGGAAACUGGAGACUCCAAUAAUAUCAACAACCAUCAGAGUGUUUCCAAUCCUGCUUCUAUGUCUCAACACCUCAGUUUUAAUAAUGGUCAAAGUAUGACAACAGAGGUGUCGCAUAACCAGGAAGCCGUUCGGAACCCCUUCUUCCAGACACAACAAAACAUGGUCUCCGGUGGAUUGGCGUCCAGCAUGCACAGCAUUGGACAUUCAACUAAUUAUAAUACAGGUGAUUUUCGGCGUAUUUAUGAUUUUUUUCAAUGUCCAAAGUGUAUAAUGAACUACGACAUCAUUAGGUAUGAGGGUGGACAUUAA